AUGCGCUUCGCUCGUCUGCUGGUGAUCGGACUUCCACUCAGCGCUGGGUUCUCUGUACGACCUCUCGUCUCCAAGAGGCCGCCGUACCACCCCGCCCCUCUCAGCAUGAGCGAACAGCAGCAGGAUGCCCCCAAAACGUAUCCUCCCCCGAAUGCGGUUCCGGAUGGCAUGAAGACCUACGAGGCGAUGCACAAGCAGAGUCUCGAGGAGCCGGACACUUUCUGGGGCGAUGCCGCCCGGUCCACGUUGAAGUGGUUCCGCGACUUCGAUCGCGUGUCCCAGGGCGGCUUCGACACCGGAGACGUGGCUUGGUUCACCGGCGGACAGCUGAACGCUUGCUACAAUUGCAUCGACCAGCACCUGCCGCAGCGGGCCAAGCAGGUUGCCAUCCUGCACGAAGGCGACGAGCCCGGAGUGGUGACCAAGAUCACCUACGAGGACCUGCUGGGGCAGGUCUGCCGAAUGGCCAACGCCAUGAAGGAGCUGGGAGUGAAGAAGGGAGACUUCGUGACGCUCUACAUGCCCAUGGUGCCCGAGGCAGCCGUCGCCAUGCUUGCCUGCGCGCGCCUGGGCGCCCCUCACAGCGUGGUGUUCGCUGGUUUCAGCGCUGAGGCCCUGCGAGACCGCAUCGUGGACGCCAACAGCAAGUGGGUGUUCACGACGGAUGAGGGGAGGAGGGGGGGCAAGACCCUGCACCUCAAGAGCAUCGUCGACAAGGCCGUGGAGGACGCUGACUGCGUGGAAAAGGUCUUGGUCAUCACUGCCACAGGGGCCAAGGUUCCGAUGGGGAAGCGCGACGUGCAGAUGUCGGAGAUGCUCCCGCGCAUGAGGCCCUACUGCCCGUGCGAAACGAUGGACUCAGAGGACCUCCUCUUCAUCCUGUACACCUCCGGCUCCACCGGCCGCCCGAAGGGGGUGGCCCACACCACCGCCGGCUACCUCCUGUACACGGGGAUGACCACCAAGCACGCCUUCGGGCUGGAGGAGGGGGACGUCUUUGCCUGCGUGGCCGACGUCGGGUGGAUCACAGGGCACUCGUACAUCGUCUACGGGCCCCUCGUUAACGGGGCGACCUCGCUCAUGUUCGAGUCCACGCCAAUGUACCCCAACCACGGAAGGUACUGGGACGUCGUCCAGCGACACAAGGUGACGCAGUUCUACACCGCACCCACGGCCAUCCGAGCGCUCAUGAGCUGCGGGCCGGAGAUCAUCUCCGACUACGACCUUAGCUCGCUGCGGGUGCUGGGGUCGGUCGGGGAACCCAUCAACCCGGAGGCCUGGCGCUGGUACAACGAGCACGUAGGCAAGGGCAAGUGCCACAUCGUGGACACCUUCUGGCAGACGGAGACGGGAGGGCACGUCAUGCUCCCCCUGGCCAACGUCACGCCGACCAAGCCGGGCUCUUGCUCCUUCCCCUUCUUCGGAAUCGAGCCGGCCGUGCUCAACGCGCAGACUGGGGAGGAGGUGACGGGCAACGACGUGGAAGGCGUGCUCGCCUUCAAGCGCCCGUGGCCGUCUCUCGCCCGCACUGUUUACGGGGACCACAAGCGGUACAUGGACGUCUACCUCAACCCUUACAAGGGCUACUACUUCACGGGAGACGGCUGCCACCGAGAUUCUGACGGUUUCUACUGGAUUACCGGAAGGGUGGACGACGUUCUCAACGUGUCCGGCCACCGCAUCGGCACCGCAGAGGUGGAGAGUGCACUGGUGCUGCACCCGGCGGUGUCCGAGGCAGCCGUCGUCGGCUUCCCCGAUCCCAUCAAGGGGCAGGCUAUCUGCUGCUACGUGACCUUCGUGUCUGGUUACACCGAGUCCCCGGAGCUGCUGAAGGAAUUGGUCAAGCAGGUGGCUACGCACAUCGGCCCGUUCGCACGGCCAGGGAUGAUCGUUGGGACCCCCGGCCUCCCCAAGACUCGAUCCGGCAAGAUCAUGCGGCGGAUCCUGCGCAAGAUUGCGGAGGGAGAGGCCGACAAGCUGGGCGACACUAGCACUCUCGCCGACCCUUCGAUCGUCGAGGGGCUGGUGGAGAAGGCCAAUGCUCUCCUCGGCAAGAUGAAGAGAUAAUGCGCGCCCUUAAUGACACUUGCAACGAUAACCACAUCCGAUGGGGGUGGUGGGUGCCCUUUGUCCGACAAAGUUGGGUCUGAGGUCACUGGGAUGCUACUACCGGUUCGACCUUUGCUGCUCGCUCCUAACAAUGAUGGAGGGGGGCCGUGGUGGCUGCAUGGCCUGCCAAUGCACCACAAGGGCUAUCCCCCCUUUUGGGCGUUUUCUCGCUGCAAGGUCGAGGGGAACCCCGUACUUGAGGUCGCAGAUGGCGACACUGUUAGUGUUGGUUCUGUCUAAACAGGGCGGGGGGGGUACUUCCUUGUCGUUGGUUGCAAGUCUGUGGCUUGUAGUCUGUGGGACAUUGUAGGGCGUUAUAGUGAUGGUUUAGUCUAGUCUUUUCCCGACGCUGUGUUCAUUGUAGUGUCUCGACAUUCUCGUUCAUUCAGGCAAGGGCGUCUAGACCCCAAGUGAUGUUGAGUUUUCAUGCGGUAUUGCACCCUUAUUGGGUACAGUAGUAGUUGUAGCCUUCGACGGUGGAAGGCGACUGACUGCGUCGGUGGGACCAACGUUGCUACAGAUGCAAGAGGGUAUUGAGCAGAUGGGCAAUUCAAACGCGAAGGAAUCAGCAAACCAACUUCGGGGGUGGUGCUGCUUGCACCCUUGGCUCUUUAUUUGGCGCCCGUGGGGAAGGUACAUAGACUAUGCUACAUACAGUGUGCAUGCAUAGUCCGGUUUGAGGUUAUUACUAAAGAGUAGUUUUCUGCGCCCGGGGAGGUACAAAAAAUGCCAUGAAGAGAGGCUUAGCCUUCGGUUGGUGCGUACAUAGUAGUACAUUAUAGCGUGGGAACAGUGACAAGGCCUACUACCUGUCGUUCUCUUUCAUUUCGCCUGUUUAUGUCUGCGUCCGGUUUGAUGAACUACGCUACUGUAGCGACAGGCAAAAUGUUGGUGGAUGCCAGGCCAAGUCGUGCAGAGGCUCCAAUAAUAUCGUUGGGUCGUAUGCAUGAAGGAGCGGAAAAGCAUCUAGCUAGGUAUUAUCGUUGGGUCGUAUGAUAUGCAUGAAUGAGCGGGAAAAGCAUGUAAUAGGUGUGAGGAACAUAGAACAUGGUCGUUGUGUGCUGCAUGGUUGAUCGGAAGGGAUGCAUGCAUCUCUCUCUCCGUCGAGAUUCACACUCUGCUACUAGUAAUAGGUGUACAUUGAGUCUUCUAGUGGUGGCACGACCGUGAAAGGAAUCAAUCGUGGAUGAUGGUGAGCAG